AUGGCACUUGCAGUGAAUCCUCCUACUACCCUGACGUUCUACGGUCCCUUCAAUGUUGUUUCAACAACGACGCUUAAGUUAUCCAACACAGGCAGUGAUCGACUUGCUUUCAUGCUCAAAACUACAACACCACGCCGAUUUUGUGUUAAGCCAAACAAUGGAUUUCUCGAGCCAAACACGAAUGUCGUUGUUCAAAUCCUUUUGCAACCGUCACUUCCCGGUGCCCCAGACGAUGAGUCCAAUCGUUCUAAAUUUAUGUUAUUAUGGGCCGUAGUGUCUGACAAUGAACAGACUGAUAUUGUUAGUUUUUGGAAACAACAUGAAUCAUUACCUGAAAAAUUACAAAAUAUAAAAUUAACUUGUGCUCUUUGUCCAAAAACGAUUGACAAAGAGACUCAAACGGAUUCAGAUCGCGAAGAUCUGACAUCCACAUCUGAACAGAAUUGUCUCGAUCCGGAGCGUAUUGUUGGAGAUUCGUCUGUAUCAGAACUUGAAUGUCCUAUCUGUCACAACAUUCUAUGGAAGCCCGUAGCGUGUAAGACCUGUGAAAAUGCAUUUUGUGCAUAUUGUAUUCACAAGUGGAUAAAACAACAUGAUUCAAAAUCGGAGAAACUCUGUCCUUUCGCAUGCACCUUCGAGGAAAAACGAGCACCAUCUGUGCUUAACAAACUGUUGUCCAAACUACAAAUCUAUUGUGCUUAUCGCGAUAAUGGAUACCAGCAAAUACUCAAUUAUGAUGCCUUAGAGACUCAUCAAAAGACGUGUGAAUACAAGAGUAUCAUCUGUUCAGUGUGUCACGUCACCAUCACAAAUCAAAAUCUUACUGACAAUUCACACAACAUUCGACAAUGUUUCACUGAUGUUCAAAAGACACAAACUGAUAGUCAAGUGCAAGUACACUUGAUGACGCUUCUCGAUGUUAUCGAUCGGCAGAAUAAACGUAUCGAAGCUCUCGAAAGUCAAAUAAAUGGUAUUCCAUCGUAA